AUGGCACCUUCACUGUCCAAGCUUCGGUCCAACCUCAAAUCCAAUGAGGCAAAGAAAAAAAGCCAUGCCAUCCAAAAAAAUGCCAAGACAUAUGGAGACGAUAGCAAGGCUCCCAUGAAUUGGCCCAAAUCCAAGAAACUGACCAUGGUCUGCCUUGUCAUACUCGCGGAUCUCAAUGACGCCAUGGGAUCUUCCAUCUUCGCGCCAGUCGUGCAUGAAGUUUCUCGAGACUUUCACGCCUCCAGCUCUUCAGUUGCUUCACUUUUAAUAUCAGUCCACGUCAUUGGGUAUAUUGCCGGUCCUCUUAUCUUAUCCCCACUUAGUGAAGUAUACGGGAGAUGCCCCCUUAUACAUGGCUCGAACACUACUUUUGUUGCGGCCACAAUCAUAUGCACAACAAGCGUGAACAUUCCCAUGAUAAUAAUUGGUCGCAUUCUCAUGGGAUUCGCAGGUUCUGUGCCAGCCACAGUUGGAGGGGGCGUCAUAUCGGAUAUCAUCCCUGUGGAUGAGCGAGGCUAUGCUUACGGGUUUCUUGUCUUUCGCCGAACAAAAUUGACAGAAGACACCCAAGUUCAACUAGCGGCCCGAUUUGGGGAAUUAGAUGAUGUUACGCCCUGGAUUAAGCCUGGAACAGUACGACGGCUAAAUCGUACGGAACUCAUGGAUAUGAGUAACAUCAAAUUAGAUGGUACUUUGGCAAGUCAAGAUGAUAUGACUACGAAGCUUCAAAAGGGAAAUUUGCUUUUUCAUGUGGACUCGAGCUAUAACCCUCGUCGAGCGAGCUACUCAUUUCUUCUUGGAAAAGAAAUACCGCCUUCAGGACAUGGAGGCCAGACCGCCUUCGCGGAUACGAGGACCGCUUUCGAUGAGCUUCCAAUGGAUUUGAAGCAUGAGCUGCUAGAGAAUGAGUAUGUGGCAUGUCAUUCAAUUCACCACUCUCGCAAACUGGCCGCACCGGAAUAUUUUGGCCAUAUUGACCCGUCAAAGUUCCCAAUGGGACGACAUCGCAUUGUGCAACAGCACGAACCCUCGGGGCGGUCCAACCUCUACAUCGCCUCUCAUAUCCAUCACAUCGAGGGACUGGAGUUUGAAAAAUCAAAAGAAUUGGUUGAUAGACUGAUGCAACACGCAACACAAGACAAGUUCGUUACGCAGGUGGAAUGGAAAAAUAUAGGAGACCUGAUUAUAUGGGACAAUACCUGUCUCAUGCACCGGGCGGUUGGCGGCACCUACAUUAAUAAAUAUAAGCGGGACUUGAGACGGGCCAUAGUGCAUGACAAUAGUUCAUGGGCCUGGGGACUGAAUGACCAUCGCGAGGAACGGCAGAGCCUGGCUACGCUAUCUCAGGCAUCAUGA